AGGCGCCCAGUCCCUUAUCAGAGAUCCAGCGGGGCCGGGCGGGCGGCCGAGCAGCGGCGGCGGGAGCUGCAGCACCAGCAGCGGCGGCAACUGCGAGAGGCACAGCGAGCGCCAGCACCAGCACCAGCUCUAGCGCCGGCCGGGGAGCCGGGAGCCAGCCGGGGAGGGCGCGCGAGGCAGCUCCGCGGCCAGACUCCAGAGCGCCCGCCUGCCCGUCAGUCCGUGGGUCAGUCAAUCCGCCCCGGCCGGGCCGAGCGUGGCCUCAGCAUGGGGGCUGCAGCCCUGCCUUGGCACUGGUGCCUGCUUCUCGUCCUCGGCGCUCCGGGCCGCCUGACCAGAGCCACCGGGGCCCCAGACACGGACGAGUGUGCGGAGGGGACUGACGACUGCCACAUCGAUGCAAUCUGCCAGAACACCCCCAAAGCUUACAAGUGCCUCUGCAAGCCGGGCUACAAGGGAGAAGGCAGGCAGUGUGAAGAUAUAGAUGAAUGUGAAAAUGACUACUACAAUGGGGGCUGCGUCCAUGAGUGCAUCAACAUUCCAGGAAACUACAGGUGCACCUGCUAUGAUGGCUUCAUGCUGGCUCAUGAUGGUCACAACUGCUUGGAUGUGGACGAGUGCCUGGAUAACAAUGGCGGGUGUCAGCAGAUCUGUGUGAACACGAUGGGCAGCUAUGAGUGCCAAUGCCGGGAGGGCUUUUUCCUGAGUGAUAACCAACACACCUGCAUUCACCGCUCCAAUGAGGGUAUGAACUGUAUGAACAAAGAUCAUGGGUGCGCACAUAUCUGCCGGGAGACGCCCAAAGGUGGGGUUGCCUGUGAAUGUAGGCCUGGCUUUGAACUUGCCAAAAACCAGAGGGACUGCACACUAACCUGUAACUAUGGAAACGGAGGCUGCCAGCACACCUGUGAUGACACUGAUACGGGGCCUGUAUGUGGCUGUCAUCAGAAGUAUGCCCUCCACUCCGAUGGCCGGACAUGCAUUGAGAAGGAUGAGGCUGCAAUUGAGAGUACUGAGUUCAAUACCACGUCAGUAGCUGAUGUGGACAAGCGGGUGAAACGGCGCCUCCUCAUGGAGACAUGUGCCGUCAACAAUGGAGGUUGUGACCGGACCUGUAAGGAUACGGCCACCGGAGUCCGCUGCAGCUGCCCAGUGGGCUUUACCCUGCAGCCAGAUGGGAAGACAUGCAAAGACAUUGACGAGUGUUUGGUGAACAGUGGCGGCUGUGACCAUUUCUGUAGGAACACCGUGGGAAGCUUUGAGUGCAGCUGCCAGAAAGGCUACAAGCUUCUCACAGAUGAACGGACCUGCCAAGACAUAGACGAGUGUUCCUUCGAGCGGACCUGCGACCACACCUGCAUCAACUACCCUGGCAGUUUCGAGUGCCUCUGCCACCGAGGCUACACUUUGUAUGGCCUGACCCACUGUGGAGAUGUAGAUGAGUGCAGCAUCAACAACGGGAGCUGUGACUAUGGAUGCAUCAACACGCUGGGCAGCUACGAGUGUGCCUGUCCUGCCGGGAGGAAGCUCCACUGGAACAAGAAGGACUGUGUUGAGACGGUGAAAUGCCUCCCUGGGGCAAAAGCGGCCCCCAAAAUCCAGCUCGCCUGCAGCAGGACGGGGGGCCUGGAGACCUGCUUCCUGGCCUGCCCAUCCAACACACUCUUUAUUCCAGAUUCUGAGAACAGCUACUCUCUGAGUUGUGGCAUCCCAGGACAACAGGGCAAGUCGCCGCAGAAACGCAACUCCACAGUCCCCAGCUUCCCCAGCUGCACAGAUCCUCUGCUUCCCCCCAUCAAGCAGAAAGCCCGCUUCAAAAUCAGAGACGCUAAAUGCCACCUACAGCGGCGCAGCAAGGACAAGGUGAAGGAGGUGGGGAAGCAAGCACUGUUAGACAACUGCCAAGUGACCUUUGUGAACCUUCAGUGCGACUCCUCCAAGAAGAAGCGCCGGGGCCGCAAGUCGCCGUCCAAGGAGGUGUCCCACAUCACUGCCGAGUUUGAGGUAGAGAUGAAGUCUGAGGAGGUCUCAGAAACCUGUAACCCCGACUGUGUCCGGAAAAGGCUGGAGCAGAAGCUGCAGGCCGCCAUCAAAACGCUAAGGAAAUCGAUUAAUAAACAGCAAUUUUACCUUCAGUUUUCGGGUACAGAAUAUGAAGUAGCCCAGAAACCGGCUAAGACUGCUGAAGGGCAAGAAGCCUGUGGCCCUGGUCUGGCGCUGCUAGACGGGAAGUGUGUGGCCUGUGGACCGGGCACCUAUUACAGCGGAGAGCACAGUAAGUGCCUUCCCUGCCUUCCAGGAACAUAUCAAGACACAGAAGGUCAGCUCACCUGUGAGCCUUGCCCAAGUAACGAUGGCCAAGGCCUAGCAGGAGCCCGGAAUGUGUCUGAAUGUGGAGGACAGUGUUCUCCUGGCUUCUACUCAUCAGAUGGCUUCAAACCUUGCAGGCCAUGCCCUCUGGGCACUUACCAGCCUGAGCCAGGACGCACCCUGUGCUUCCCCUGCGGAGGGGGGCUGGUGACCAAAUAUGAAGGCGCUGUUUCAUUCCAAGACUGUGAGACGAAAGUCCAUUGUUCCCCUGGACACUACUACAACUCCUCCACCCAUCGCUGUAUCCGCUGUCCCAUUGGCACCUACCAGCCAGAAUUUGGCCAGAACUACUGUAUAACUUGCCCUGGUAACACAAGCACUGAUUUCGAUGGCUCGACCAAUGUCACUCACUGUAAAAACCAGCACUGUGGAGGAGAACUGGGGGAUUACACUGGCUACAUCGAAUCUCCCAAUUACCCUGGUGACUACCCAGCCAAUGUUGAAUGUAUAUGGAACAUCAACCCUCCACCUAAGAGGAGAAUUCUGAUUGUGGUGCCAGAGAUAUUCCUGCCAAUCGAAGAUGAAUGUGGUGAUGUUUUAGUGAUGAGAAAAAGUGCCUCACCCACAUCUAUCACCACUUAUGAAACCUGCCAGACAUAUGAGAGGCCCAUAGCCUUUACAUCCCGAUCUCGAAAGCUCUGGAUUCAGUUUAAAUCAAAUGAAGGGAACAGCGGCAAAGGAUUCCAAGUCCCCUAUGUGACCUACGAUGAGGAUUAUCAACAGCUAAUAGAAGACAUAGUUCGAGAUGGAAGGUUGUAUGCAUCAGAAAAUCAUCAAGAAAUUUUAAAAGACAAGAAGUUGAUUAAGGCCCUUUUUGAUGUGUUGGCACACCCUCAAAAUUAUUUCAAAUAUACAGCACAAGAGUCCAAGGAGAUGUUCCCAAGAUCAUUUAUCAAGCUACUACGGUCCAAAGUUUCCAGAUUUCUCCGACCAUACAAAUAACUUUCCUCGAGCUAUGCAAAUUGGGGGAUGGUUGGGGGUUUGGCCAAGUUGGUUGGGGGGGGGGAGAUUUUUUUUGGUUUUGCAUUUGUGUCAAGUAUUUCAUUUCCCUCCACAGUAGAAACAUUUGCUGACUGAAAAGCUCUUCCAGAAUUCUUGAAUUCAGUUCCAUAUUGAAGAAUCUUGCUAACAAUUUAUAUUCAUUAAAAGCCCAUGGGGUAGAUAUUUUUACCUGGAAGAGAAUGUGGGGGAGCUGAGGGCAUGACCAGAUGAAGACACUGAUGCAUGCCUGCACCAGCAUCAUCCGUUUUCAGUGAUCUGAAAACAUCUGUUUGGAAAAACACUUCUUUGCCCCAAACUUCUUUAUUUCCCAGGAAGCCAUGCAGUACCUUUCUUCUGAGCCAAGGAGAAAGCCCUUAACCCCAACCAACUGAGGCCAGCCAAUACACUGUGGGAAGGGAAGAUGUCCAGCAGAAGAAACAGCAUUGGAAUCUGCAUUGCACCUGAACUUUGUAUUUGGAAUUUUCCAGGGGAAAGGAAUUAAAUUGUGAUGUCUCUCCCCUUAGUUUCCUAGAGACUUGGGUACAGUACAAACCAAACAAGGACAAGGAAUACUGACGCAGAACUCUUGUUUCACAGGCUACAAAAAAUUAAGCUCUACAUCCCAAGUUUUUAUCAGCUCUCUUCUAAUUUUCUUAAGAUCUCAUUCCCACAUCCCGUCUCUCCUGCUAUGGACACAAUGACAAUAUUUGUCUGCAAUCUGGACUCCAAAGAACUUUAAAAUACAAUGGAUUCAAAGUUGUGGAGGGGAAGGGGGCAAUAGAUGUUUCCCUCUCCAUAAAAGAGCAUCUUAAGUACUAUAUAUAUAUAUAUAUAUGUAUAAAUAUAAAAAUAUAUAUACUUCUAUUUGUGGGUACAUUAGAAACACUACAUUUAGUGACUGUAAAUAAUAAUUAUGCAGACAUCUCUUCUCCCAAAUACAACACACACACACACACACACUUUUUUUUUAGUUUUCCUAAAAUUAUUAAAUCACUGUGCCAAGGCCUUGCAACUUACCGUCAUCCCAAAAAAGAAGUCUACUGAGUUUAAGGAAACUCGUUUUUUUUAUCAUUAGUCUUUUCAAUCUUAAGUUAUUUGGUCAAAUUAAAGUAUUUAACUCCCAUUUCCCUUGCUUUAAGGAAGUGCAGAAAUUACCCUCAUUUUACAGAGAAAUAAGUUCAGGGAGAUGAAGUCACUUCUUAGCCUCUUAGGAGUGAAAGAACUCAAAGGGACCUUAGAAAUGAUCUAGAUCAAUGGUCUUUAUAUGAGAAUCCCUGAGGGCUACAGAUUGCCUUAGAAAGCCAAGUGCUAUCAUUAGUCACGUUGUAUGUGUUUUUAUUUAUUUUGCUAAAUAUUUCCCAAUGACAUUUUCAUCAGGCUCUGGCCUGGUUUUUGACACCUCUGCUCAAAGAAUACCCUCAUGUCACAGAGGAGAAAAUGGAGACUGAGAAGGAGAAAGGGCUUGCCUUUUAUUAACUGGAGCUAAUCAGUCCCUGGGCCAGGAUUAAAACCCAGGUCUCUCAUAGCCAAGCCCAGUCCACUCUGCUUACACUGUACUGCCUCCAGAAGGGGAAAAUGCUUAGAAGACAUCUGGAAUACCACCAUCGGGCCAAUGCUCAGUCACCAAAGAAACAGAGAAGAAUUCCCUAGUUGGGAAUGAGCAGAUCUGGCUUGCAAUCUGUUCAAAGGAAUUUAGUGAUGAAGAAACAAAGAGAGUUUGCUGUGAGACUGUGUUCCUGAAUAAACUCUCAGGACGCUGUAGGGAAGUUUGGUGUAUUAGCAUUGCUGACUGAGAUUCUAUACAAAGAACACCGGCUAAAGAGUCAACCCUUUCAAACAAAAUAUCCCAGAAUAUCAGAGCCAAGAGACCUCAGAGGUCACCUGAUUAAAAAAUCUACGUAUAAGUUCUCAGUGCCUUGCACAUAGUGAUGCUACAUAAAUGCUUAUUCCCUUCCCUCUCACUUCCAGGGACGGAAACUGAGGUGCACAGGGUGGGAAAGGUCACAGAGAACUGGUGAACAAGCCAGGUCUUGAACCCAAGUCUAUAGAUCCCAGACCAGAGUUCCUUCUAAUACAGGAUACAGAUUCUAUCUGGAAUAGUUUUCCCUGGAAAAAAAAAGAUUCCAAUGAAAAAGGGAUUUACCUUUGGUUCCUAAAUUAUUAAAAUUAAAUCAUGCCCACUCAAGUUCAAUUGUUUGUACAUAGAAUCACUUAACUUUAGAACUGGAAGAGACCAUAGGCAACCCUAAGAGCAAGUCUAAGGACUACUUGCUAAGAGUUCCAAUAUUUCUGUCUUCAAGCAGCUCAACAUUCUGGAGCUGAAUGUCCCUCCUGACUGGCACUAUCUUCCAGCAAAUGGGCCAAUCUAUUGCCACUGAUUACAGAAUAUAAUUGUCACUGCUGGGUUGUUGUUUUUUUAAUUAGACACCCUAUGGCACAGGUGCCAAAUAGGGCACAUGGAGACCUGUCUGUGGGCACAUGCACCAUCGCCUGCCAAAGUUAGUUGCCAGAAAGGCAGAGGGACUCAGAUGGAGGUGCUCCUUUCCCCCUCUCCACUGAUCCUCCUCGUCCCUCCCCAAUGGGAGUGCUUACUCCCUCCCCUGAGCAGAGCAUGGCACAUGGUCUCUAAAAGGUUUGCCAUUACUGCUAUAGGAUGUCAAAGAUUCUUUAGUUCAUUGGUGGGGAUGCUUUAAGCUUGAGUACAAUGUCUUCAUGAAAUCAUGUAACCAAAAGAAUUUACCUUGGAGUGGCCACCACUAUGAUAAUGGUUCCCUCUACACUUGAAUAAGCUCCUGUCACAGGCAUCAGCAUCCUCGGGCCAAAACUCAAAGCCUGCCCAGCUUGAUAGGACAGAGCUGCCACAGCUUGUGCUCCAAAGACCUAGACUUCAAGAUCGCAGGGUCCUAAAGCCAUAAGGAUGCAUCAAUGAAGGGGAAAAUGUUAGUGGAUAACUUAAAAGUUAUGAAUGAAAGAAGAGAAUGUUAAAGUGACCUCUGAAUCAUGUGAAAUGAAGGGAUUGGACUAAAUGGUCUCCGAGAUCUCUUCUAACUCAGCAUUCCCUGUUCCCAAAUUAAUUCCAGCUGUCACAUUUGAUGUUUUAAGGUCCUUUCCAGCUGUAACAUUCUGUAUCAUACCGUCCUUUCCAUCUCAAAUUCCUCCUAGGCUAUCUAUUGUAUCAUAUGUUCUCCUAGGCCAGUAAUUGAAACAUUUAGAAACAGUUUCCAAAUAACUGGCUGCUCAAAGGAAGCUUCUUUGAAGAGAGGGAGAGGCUGACAUGAGACAUGUCAUCAUGGAAAAGCAGUUGGGUACCUACUAACAGAUAGAAAACUUGCAUCAAUUAUUCCUAAGAUUCAGACUGGCAGGGUCUUUCAGGAGGUCCUAGGUUUUAGAGCUGGGAGGAGCCACAAAGGUCAUCUAGCCCAGCCCCCUUAUUCUACAAAGGAAGCCAGAGAAGGGAAGUGAGUUGAUCCCAGUUACAGAUGUGUUAAAUAAUAGGAACCUGAACCUGAACCCAGAGCCCCUGCCUCUAAAACCAGGGUACAUUCCCUCCAGCACCCUGGCAUUUGUUAUUCAUUAUUUCAUCUCUAAGUUUAAUCUGCCUUCAUCUGACUUCAAAGAACAAUCAUUAGAAUUGAAAUAAACUGAAUUGAUUUGGGUAGCAGAAGCUAGAUGCUCUGGUUCUUGACUUUAUUCAAAAUGUGAAUCUAGGCAUUUUUCAAAGGCAUAAACAGCUGACUGGAUAUUUGUUUGACUGCGUCUACCUUCUGUUGGUUGCAUAAUAUAUCAUUUAUAUCCUUAUUCUUUAAAAUGUGGCUACUGACAUACCUUAAAACCAGGGACCACUCUGGAUGCCGUCCUCCCCAUAUCAGAUAAGAAGCCAUGUGAGGAAACAUGAACUAACAGAAUUGGAAUGAAAGACAGGAAUUCAUUCAGCUAGGCUUUAAACUAAUUGACUGCAGGAUCUCAAACAAAUCAGUUCUCUCCUCUGGCCACCAACUCCUCUCUGUAAAAUGAGGUGGCUGUGUUUGAUAAUGUCUCUAACAUUCUAAAAGUAGGGACAGAGAAAAAGCUCUGGAUCUGAAGGUAAGGGGGUAAGGGACUGAACUUACUGCUGUUAUGGCCUUUAGAAAAUCACAUAAUAUUUCUGGGUCUCAAUUCCCCCCGCCAGUAAAAUGAGUUUAGACCUGGUGAUUUUUAAGAUCCCAGUUAGUUCUAACAGCCUAGGAAUGUGAAAAAUCUGCUAAUUUCCCAUCUAUCCCCUAAAGUUUUCUGCAGUGUUUAUGAUCCAAAAUGUCCUUUUUUUUUUCAUCUUCCAUCUUGGCCAUGAAAUAUGAGCAUAAUGGGACUUCAUCUCCUAAAGAAGGCAUAUGGGUAUCCAAAGUGGCAUCUUUUCUAAAAGCCAAGAUCAUGGUGUUAUUCUAGGUCACCAUCAUCAUCCCACCAACAAAUCAUGCUUUCCCUUCGAUGGUGGGAGUCACAGGAUUGAAUCUCAGAGUUGGAAGGGGCUUUGAAUUCUAGCCCAAACGAACAAAGGAAUUCCCUUUCGAGCCUCUCUGACAGCUUCUGCCAGAAGGCAGCUGGUAGACAGGAAACUUAUUGGAACUCAAGGCUGCCCCUUCCUCUUUGGUAUAGUUCUUGUUGUUAAAGGAAAUCUUUUUUUGCUGUGAGCCAAAAUCUAUCCCUCUGGAAAUUCUACCCAACUUCCAUUCUACCACCAUUCUUCUCUCUACUUCAGCCACAAGGAACUACGAGUGACAUCUCCUGGAGCAUUCAUCUCUCACCGCAACCCAUAUGGGUCAGAGACACCAAGGCCUAACACAUGGACUGGAAGGUCAGAUUUCUAGGAAAUCUGACUACCUUCAAUUUACUCUUCCAUAUUUGAGAGUAGAUUAAUAUUUGGGUUAAAAAGUACAGCUGUUUAGAGCCUGCCACAACUUCCACUGGGAAUCCUCAGUAGGAACAAUCUACUAUUUUCUACUCAUCCAAGAGACCUCAGUACUUUGGUGAAAAAGAGCCCUCCUGUACUGGAAUAAGGACAUCUGCAUUAAGUUUCUCUUCCACCACCAGUUUGCUAUUUGACCUUGGACAUUAUCAAUUAAAGACUGGUCUAAACAUCAAUCUCCUGAUCUGCAAAGUGCCUUGCUGACCUCACAGGUUGUUAAGAGUCAAAUGAGUUAACAGCACAAUGAAAAAUUUAAAAAAAUUAAUAAAAAUACAAGGAACUAUUAUUAUAUUCCUUAUUACAUUCCACUCAAGUUGUUUUUCAUUACUGCUUGGUGCUUCCAUCAGAUUGCUUGGCUUGGAAUCUUGGCUCUCCUACUUCCAGUAUGGCCCUGGCAAUGUCACUUGCCCCAUUCUCUUAUUCCUGGUUUCCAUAUCUGUAAACUAAGGUGGUUCAAACAGAUCAUCUCCUGAGACCCUUUAUACCCCUAAAUCCUAUAAAUUUAUCUAUGGUAGGUAUCUUUUCACACUGAAAUCAUCAAGUACCAGAAAGGCUGAAGUAAAAGCUCCCUGGAUUUUCAGGUCAUAGAAUCCCAGGGGUGGAAAGAACCUUAGAAGCCAUCUAGACCAAUCUGAGCAAGGUCUCUGCAAUUCUCAUGACAUAGAAGACAACUGGAUGCUCUAAGAGCCAAAACUUCCCUCCCAGCUACAUGUGAUUGGUUUUCAUUUCAUCACUAGCGAUACUCUAUCACAAGGACUUGAGAGACCGAAUUUUAGAAAUCAAAGCAAAAGGUGUCCCAUCCAUUCAGAUACAGGAGAAGUCUAAAAGAUGGCUGAACUAGUUUUAAAAAAUGAGCACUCUAUGCUCCUCCUGUCCAUUAGCAAAAAUUAAAAAUAAAAAACCUAGGAGCCCAAGUAUGGUACCACCCCAAAAGAAAAUACUUACCAACAAAUCAAUAAUUACUCCUGGAGUACCUUCCAAGUGCUGGGGCCUGUGUCAAGUGUUACAGGGACGCCAACAAUGAUAAGGUCUGGACCCUGCCUGUAGGGAGCAUACAAUCCCCCAGCCAAUGAACCGCCAUGAGGAGCUUGGACCCAGACUUCCUGACACAAUCAGUGCCGUCUUAUAGGCUAACUAUUCCUGACCCCCAGCUCAGCAUGGUGCUGAGCAAAAGACCAACUGAAAACUCCCGUAGACACAGAUCAAAAGCCAAACUCACUGUGGCACGCUCUCAAAUUAGCCAUGGAGUGUCUUAGGACAAAUUAACCAUAGGUGACCGAUAAAUCUAAUUUAUGUACAUUAAAUCUCCUUAUUACUGAUUCUAAUUGUAAAAUUAGAGGUGUAUUCCUCUGGGAAAAAAAAUUCACACCCUCACAGCACAAUCAAAUCAUAUCCUAAAACCUACCCCAAACAAAAUCAUUUAUGUGCAGGAUGCAAAUGACCAUGUUGGCUUCACAUUUUUUAUACUGUUCUAAAUUUCACAGUAUGCUUUCUCCAUUAAAUGAUCUUUCUCUCAUAAAACCCUAUAAAAGCUCUGUGGAAAUAAGUAAAAUGGCAAAUGAAGAAAUCAUGUUUGACCCAAAUUGACUCAAAAUGCAGUUAAGUUUGCUUUCCAGGGUCAAAAACUAUUAUGAGAUCUCGAAAACAAAGGUUUCUACUCCUACUGAGACUCAUUAGUGGAAGAUAUUAUUUACUUAUAUGUUAUAUUGCCAUUUUGCACUUCAUCAUGGAAUCAGGAGAGAAGGCUUUCACAAAAUCUUUCCUAUGAAAAACCAUGUACAGGAAGAACAGCCAUUAGCAGACCACCUUCUUGAGUUACAGUCUGCAUAUAUACUCCAUUUGGGGGCAUGAGUCCAGUAUUUCAUCUCACCAUUCCAUUUUAAAUGUCUGAAUUUCACAUGCAGUACACAAUAAUAAAUGGACAAGGGACCUUCCUUGGCAUCUUCAUUCCAAAGGCGGCCUCUCAGAGAGCAAAGGGAAGAAGUUUAAAUAACAACUUCUAUCCAUUUAAAGCCAAGAACAGUGGAAUUCAAGAAACCUGGGUUUGGAAGGUGGCCCUAAAUGUUGGGAGUUGCAUUGUAGUCUGACUUGAGAAAGAAUUCUGCAUUGUAUUCAAGUUGAUCAAGGUUGUAGGCAAUGAGAUUCCAUUUAUAAUCUCUAUCUUCCUACUGGUUUGGGUGUCAGCAUUUAAUCCCAACAUGCUCUGAACAAAAUUCAGGUAUGACUAAAUAACAUGUUACUGGAAAAAUUGGACUCAUUUACUUCCAUUCUUCAUUGAACCUGUGGCCAUGCCAUCCAGUGAUAUAGAAUGCCAUUCAUUCUCUCUCUUCCAUAUCUUUCGGUAAAUCCCUAGAGGAAUAAUCAAAGGUACAGUGGGCCUUCCUCUAGUUCUUUAGAGAGGUGCCAUAAGAACAUGUCUGUCUCCUGAGGACAUUUUUCUCUUAUGUGAAUGAGAAAGUGGCUGGGUCUUUUUGCUUCAUGUCUCAAACAUCUUUCUUUUCUCUCUGCUUGUCAUAGUUUCUUUUUAUGUGCAUUUUCAAAAAAUAUUGCUUUUCAAUUUUUUUAAUCCUACAAAAGACAUUCCAAAGUUGAUAGAAGUAAAUCUUAGAGUAAAUAAGGGCUGCACAGUGUCUAAGGUCUUGUCCAUUAGAAUUUUCCUUCUCCUAGCACCUAGGGAGGGGUUUUGAGGGCAAAGAGGAGUAUAUUUGUCAAUGGAGUCAAAACCCUCAGCACAGAGAAUCCUUCAAAACUGGAAGAAAGCAAGUCUGAUGGAGAUAGAAUGGUUCUCCACCAUUAUUUUCAUCAAACGCUGGGCAAGCAGGGCAAUUUAGACCAGUGAUGUAUGGCAAUAUCUCCUGGAAGAACUCAGGCUACCAUGCUGCCUCUGGCUGGUCUAUUUUUCAUGGUUAGCUGCUGCCCAUGGUAUUCCAAAGAAGAAAAGCAAAGGCCUGGAUUUUUCAUUUUACCAUGGAAGAUUCUGACUAUCAUCACAGGGCUUGUCAUCUGCAAAAGAUCCCAGGGAAUGUGUUACAGCAUCAACUGUGCUUAGAGUUAAGCAAUGAGAUGAAGGUGAAAAAAGUCAUGGGGAGCAUAAAAAGCCAAGUCCUCACCACUGAAAGAACCAUAUAGACAUUUUAGUGUGGCAUGCCCACUAGAGAAGGUGUCAUCGUCUACACAGUCUGGAUCUUGUCUAUCAAACCUGACUGAAAUAAGAAGCCCGGGCUUAUUGACCUGGGAUCCGAGACAAUUCAGGAUGGAGCAGAGGCAGCAGAGAAUAAUGGAAAGGGCACUGGAUUAGGAGUCAGAGACCAAGAUUUGAAUGCUGGAUGUGCUAUUUACUACUACUGAGACCCUGAAUAAACUACUACCCUUUUUUUCUGGGCCUCAAAAUCAAGAUCCUAGUAAAAGGAUUGAGUUGAAAAAACAUGAUCUUAAAGGUUUCUCCCAGCUCUGAAUCCUGUGACUCUGUGAUCCUAGUGCUACCUAACUGCUGCUGGUGAUACUAAAUUUUAUCCAUUUUGUAAAUGAUUUUAAUUGUAAAUGAUCAUAAAAGAUGAUUUUUAGGAUGGAGCAAAGUUUGCAGAUAACCAGAGUUUUUUAAGAGGAGCUAACAUGCCAGAGCCUGAGCUGUCCCAACACCAACCAGCCAGCAUCAAAUGCAGAAAAGAAAGACAUCUAUCUUCUGUCUUUUUUUGCUUUGAUAUAGCAAAAGCUUCAUUUUCUAUGUCAAGCUAUAUGCAAAUAAUGUAAUUACACUUUUUGAAAACCAUUUUAUUAAAAUAAACAUGGAAUGGAACUA